UGACGUCCAAAACGCGCCUCUUACGUUCGACACCUCAAAUAAUGACAAGUACGCGAGUGGUUUUGAACUAAAAACACUCCAACUCAAAAUAUUUGAAGAGUGUGUGGUGUGUGAAAUUGUGACCAUGUGGUGGGUUUUUUUGCAAGGAUUGAUCGUGGUUGUGGCUGCAGGACGAGAAAGCUACGAAAGAAUAGGUUAUUUCUGGCACAUCACGGACAUCCAUUAUUACGCUCAUCACGGCGACGCCAAGAAAGGCUGUUGGCGGGCGGAUUACGACGGGGGAUCCACCGCGAGAAACCAGAGGAGAUCCAUGGGGCGGUAUGGAGACUACAGUUGUGACGCACCAUGGGAGCUGAUCGAAUCGGCCGCAAAAACCAUGAUGUCGAGACAGAACGACAACGUUGAGUUUGUUUUGUGGACAGGGGACGCUCUCUCGCACAACGCGCGGAAGUUGCACGAAAGUGUCAAGUUGCAACUCCUCCAGAACCUCACCGAUUUGCUACGGAAGACCUUCAGUUCCCAGUUCGUUUUCCCGGCCCUCGGCCACGACGACCCCAUGGCCAAGAAGGAGUUGGGCAAGAUGUGGAGUCGCUGGCUGCCCACCGACUCCAUGCACACCUUCGCCAAAGGAGGAUAUUACAUGAUAGAACGGAAAACGCUCAAGCUGCAAAUAGUAGUCCUAAACACGAACUUAAUGAAGAAAAGCGACAACGACGACGAGGCUGCAGAACAAUGGAAAUGGCUCCACACAGUCCUGGAGAAAUUUCAACGAAACGGCGAAACGGUUUACCUCGUCGGCCACAUGCCUCCGGGCUCUGACGAACGUCAAAGGGGCUUUUCGCCGGCACAUUCAGUCUACACGGAUUACCACAAUAAGAAGUAUCUCGAAUUGGUGCGAAAAUACGCCGACAUAAUCGUCGGCCAGUUCUUCGGCCACCUCCAUUCCGACACUUUCCGCGUCAUUUACGGCGUAAGCGGUCGGCCCGUGUCGUGGGCCCUCCUCGCCCCCUCCAUCACCCCGAAACGGACCACAGAUGGCGCCAACAACCCCGGUUUGAGGAUAUAUAAAUUCGACAAAGACACCGGCCAGGUGCUAGACUACACCCAAUACUAUCUGGACUUGUCUCGCGCUAAUUCAAAUUCCAAGGGAGAGGCCGAAUGGACCGUCGAAUACAACUUCAGCUCCUACUACGGAAUCACGGAAAUAACCCCCAACUCGCUGCACCAGCUGGCCGACAAACUGACAUCGGUCAACCACAACACCUUCUUCGACAGGUACUACACCGCCAACUCGGUGAGGAUGUAUAGCAACCCCCAGACAGGCUGCGAUGCCAACUGCGCCCACACCCACUACUGUGCUAUAACAAGGGUCGAUUACCAGGAAUUCGCGAACUGUCUCAAAACGGCCGCUAGUGCACUUGCUUCUUCCUCGUCGCUAAUUCGCGCGCAGAAGUUCGGACUUUUCGGACUUGUUUAUGUGAUCAGCAGAGUGUGAUAGUCUUUCUGAGUGAUGUGGUAGGAAAUUGCUCACUUGUUACGACUUCAUUCACCCUGAAUUACGAAAAACGACUCACGGGGAGCGGUCGAGGUCGAGACUUGUUCCGUGGCGACUAGUAUACUGGCGGGAUAGCAAAAAAUAAGACCGAACCCAAAUAUUAACACUUGCAAAAUCAUGACAAAUACAAGUUUAGGAUUUCUAACAACCAUCGAAACUUGAUUGAUUUUAUAUGAAAUUGUUUUUAGAGGAAAAAUUUCAACCACCAGUGACGGCUUUCUGAUUUAUUUAAAAAGAGUUUAUUUUCAAAAUAUGUUUAAUGAGAGAAAUUCGUUUCCUCCAUAAACAUUCAUUUUCCUAAUUACUCGUUGCUGUUCUAAUUAUGUAUUAAAAAACGCAAAAAAGUAUUGCAUUACAACUUGGUAAAAAUAGUGCCUCUGAAACAUUUUUAACUAACAGAAGAUUAUGUAUAUGAAAAUAAAAUUGGCAAAAAUAGUAUACAUGUUAUGUUAUUAAGAGUAAAGGUGAUAGUUUAUUUGGCGAUGCCAAACGUUAAUUUUUCCGAACGUAGUGAGGCCACAUAUUAAUUCACUUUUAUCCCGAAAAGCUUACACCAUUUUAUCCACAAACGUAUUUAGAUUGAGAGUAAAGAGCAACACAAUAAUUAGCAAGUAAAUAAACAAAAUGUUCAAGACGCUUUGCAAGUAAUGAAGUCAUAACAACGCU